AUGUCGCAAUCGGGCACUUCGGCCUCGGCUACCCGAUCCUCUCGGUCCCAGCGUAUACUCGCCUGUGUGCUCUGUCAACAACGCAAAGUCAAGUGUGAUCGCAAAUUCCCGUGUGCGAACUGUGUACGGUUUCAAACGGAAUGUGUCCCGGCAACUCUUACUCCACGACGACGGAGGCGCCGAUUCCCGGAACGCGACCUACUGGACCGGAUCCGCAAGUAUGAGGAUCUACUGCGUCAAAAUAAUGUUUCAUUCGACGCACUUCCAAAUGACUCUGGGGUGGGAGCAAACACUCCCUCGACUGAUGGCGAAGAAGAUUCAGAGGGCGAACGUCGCAGCGCAAUCCCUGCCACCCACAAACAAUCGCGCGAGGCCAAGGACCUAUGGAGUGUUCUCCGACAGCAAUGGGAAGGCGAAGCCAUCACCGAUGGGGUGAGCGAGGCGGGAAUCAAACGAGCAAUGGACCAGCUCUAUACCACGAAUGACAACAUUCUCUUUGGCCUACGUCACACUCCUAUCGUGCUUUCGAGCCUCCAUCCCGACCCUGUUCAGAUCUUCCGCCUGUGGCAGAUCUACCUCAAUAACAUAGACCCGUUGCUCAAGGUCACGCACACCCCCACUUUACAGAUGCGCAUCAUUGAGGCAGUUAGCAAUCUUCAAGAUAUCAGCUCGACACUUGAGGCGCUAAUGUUCAGUAUAUAUGCCAUGUCCAUCAUGAGCCUUUCGCCAGGCGAAUGUCAGGCCACUUUCAACUCACCCAGAGAAAAUCUGUUGACCAAAUAUCAAUGUGCCUGCCAGCAAGCGCUGCUCAACUGUGAAUAUCUACGCUCUGGUGACCGUGAGUGUCUAACCGCCUUUUUUCUCUUUCUUGUUUCCAUUGGUCGGGGUACAGAUCCCCGAUCUCUGUCUUCUAUGUUUGGUGUUGCGUUGCGCAUUGCGUACCGCAUGGGUAUUCACAGCGAGAGCUCUGCAGCUAAUCUCGAGCCUUUCGAAAUGGAAAUGCGACGGCGGCUCUGGUGGGCUUUCAAGCUCCUUGAUAGCCGCAUUGGCGAGUUGGCCGACUCUAAAACAAUCGCGCUGGAUCCAAUCUGGGACUGUCACCUUCCGCUAAACGUGAAUGACACCGAACUGCGUCCAGAUAUGAAAGAGCUACCUUCAGCUCAGGGGCCGUCGAGUGAUGCUCUGUUUAUUGUGGUCCGAAGUGCGAUAGGGGAUUUUAUUCGCCACGCCAAAUUCCAUCUUGACUUCACAAACCCGGUUUUAAAGUCCGUGGUUCAAGAAAUCAAGCAGGGCAAUGCGCCUGAGCAUGUCAAUCUGAUCGCUUUUGAAAAAAAUCUUGAAGACCGAUAUCUCAAGGCGUGUAGUGCAGAUAACCCUCUCCACUUGAUGACAGUAUGCGUGGCCCGCUCCCAAUUAGCGAAAACCCAUCUCUUGGAGCAUUAUUGGAGACUGUCUGAAUCACCAGAGGAUCCGACAGGUGCUCAGCGUGAUAUCAACAUGCGACACGCAUUCACUAUGUUAGAAUGUGAUGCUCAGGUCAUGUCCUCACCCAUCACGAAGGGGUAUCGCUGGUUACUUGGCUUUUACUUUCCGUUUCCAGCCUACGUCCACAUUGUUCAGGAGCUGCACAGACGUCCGACCUGCAAUCUGGCGGAGAAGGCAUGGCAGGUUCUUAGUCACCACUUUGAAGUGCGUGUCAACGUUCCCGAAGGACGAGACAGUCCCUUCUUCGAUAUUUUUACGAAGAUCGUCCUCUCCGCAUGGGAAGCCCGUGAGAAAAAGCUCGGGUGCAGAGAAACAGACUUGGCAGUACCAACUAUUGUCACGAUCAUCAAAGAACGAGUGAUGCAAAAGGCCGGGGAUACCGCUAGCAGGGAAACAUACCAGUCAAGUGAUAAUCUGGACAUGAAUCUCGACGGGCUAACGAUGCCGACCCCGAUGGGAUUUGGCAACUAUGGCAUGUUUAAUGGCCUUGGGGGCCAGUAUCCCGAGUCAGCCACUGGCUUCGGCAUGCAUCAGUACUUCAGAGCUUACCAAAACCCCAGCCAACUUCCUCUUAACACAAUGGACUGGACCUUUGGUGGAAAUAUGGCCUGGUGA